AUGUUAAGCGAAAACGAAUCGGAGAUGGUUGAAACUUACAGUUCCAAGUCUCCUUUGAAAUCAACAUCUGGCCGGUCGUCUCCAGCGUUAUCUCAUUCGCCUUCUCCAAUUUCCAAAGGGCCCCCCCUUGGAGUAGAAGGAGUAGAAUCAAAUACCGUCUCCAACACGAAUAACAAUAUGGACACUGACGAAACCUCAACUGAAACAAACAAUAGGUCAUCUUCUUCGGAUGAUCUGACUGAAACGGGUAAUGAUACGCCGUUACCCUUGGCAGCACCAGCACCAGCGGCACCAGAAGCGCAAACAGAAGGAACAGCCACAACAAUAUCAUCGACUUCAAAUGGCAAUACUGCGGAAGAACACACUCCGGUGGUGCAAGCUACUUUUGUUGAAUCAUCAUCGGAAUCGUCAGCUACACGCAAUGUUACUGGCGGCGGAUCCAGAUCCAGAUCAUCCAGUAACGUUGCCCAUGGGGCCCCCUUGACGGCAUCAUCAACAGACCAUAGGGGUAGGUCAACUAGCAUUACCAAUAUCAUAUCCAGUACUGCUUUUAGUCGUAGCUCUAGUGGAUCCAAGAUCAACGGCUUAUCAAGGUCAAAUACCGCAUCCAGUAAGAAUGGUUCUCAAUCGACCCCAAGAAGAACUUCGUUUGGUAAUCUUUUGAGUUCCUUCGCCAAUAGCAUCAGAAACUCAUCUCAAGCUCCUCCUACGAGUGCAGAUAGUGAUUCACAUUCCAAUAGAGUCAAUUCUCUGUCUUUGUUAUCCAAUUCAGCAAUGAAUAACAACGUUGAGGUGGUACCUCCUCCUUCUCAAGGACUGCUAUCAUCAGGCAACAACGGUAUCAACCAUAUUAAUAAUGAUCACUUAUUCAUGUCGAAUAGUCCUACCAUUGCAAAUUUGAGUACCUAUUCAGCAACUGCUGCAGCAGCUGCUGCCACUACAACUGGUACUAGUACUGUCACAACAACUACUUCUACCGAUGGUGUCAAUAGAAUAGAUGAGGAAGCCAGUGUUUCGCCAAUUGAUGGAACUGAUCCAGAUGCCACUAGAACUAAUAUUGACCUCGUUCCUUCUUCUAAUUCUAAUAGUACUUCGGGUCAUCAUGUAAGUGAGGGAACUCUGGAGCUUCCAGUAGCUACAGAUACCUCCAGAGAACAACAAGAUGAUAAAGAGUUAACUGAUAAAGAUGGGUUUUUUUCUGUGCGGUUAACCCCAUUAAUUGAUCAUUCAUCAUCAUCCACGGGACUUUACUUUGCUCCAGUGAUUCGAAAGAUAAAGGCAUCUCAAGAGAUCCCCAUUGGUCGUUACACUGAAAAGAAUCGAGCCGCAGCUCAUGCUCCUCAAGGAAGCUCUGCACCAAUUGUAUUCAAAUCCAAGGUGGUUUCCAGAUCCCAUGCUUUAUUUCAAUGUAAUCAAGAUGGUCAAUGGUUUGUGAAGGAUUGCAAAUCAUCAUCCGGGACAUUUUUGAAUCAUGUUCGGUUAUCAUCGGCAUCACAAGAACUGCAACUAAUGCCAUUAAUUGAUGGUGAUAUAAUACAAUUGGGUAUGGACUAUCGAGGAGGUACUGAAGAUUUAUAUCGAUGUGUUAAAAUUAGAUGUGAGUUUAAUCGGAGUUGGCAACGUAAUGUGAAUAACUUCAACUUGGAGAUUCAUAAGAAACUUCAAAGCUUACAAAUCACCAUCGAAGGUGAAGAAGAUCCAAAGAAUAAUGAUGAAUGGAAUGAAUGUGCCAUUUGUCUAUUGAAGUUGGAGCCUUGUCAAGCAUUAUUCAUCAGUCCUUGUUCUCAUUCAUGGCACUACAAGUGCAUUCGACCAAUUAUCAUCAAGAGUUAUCCGCAAUUUUAUUGUCCUAAUUGUAGAUCAAUGUGUGACUUGGAAACGGAUAUCGAAGAUGAAGAGGAAGAGAAUUGA